UCUGCUGUACUCCACUUUCAUUCAUCAGUGUGUUGGAAUAAAAGUGCGAGACUGUGCCGAGUCCUGAUCCCGAGACAGACACUGCAGCAGAGCACAGGAAAGACAGUGACCAGUCAGUGAUCAUGGCAGAAGCUCAUCAGGCGGUAGCCUUUCAGUUUACUGUCACUCCAGAUGGCAUUGACCUGCAACUGUGUCAUGAAGCCUUGCGGCAGAUCUAUCUUUCUGCCUUACACUCCUGGAAAAAGAGGUUUAUUAGGUUCAAGAAUGGUGUUAUGACUGGAGUUUAUCCUGGAAGUCCUUCUGGGCUCCUAUUUGUGGUUGGGAGUUAUGUGAGCUAUACAAAGUAUGCUAAGAUAGACCCAACUUUAGGACUCUUCACUAAACUGGCCACUCAUUUACCAGUCAGUAAGUACAUAACAGAAGAUACCCAGCGUAUCCUUGGUGGAAUGCUGAUUGGUACAGGGAUUUGGGUCACCAUAACCUUUAUCAUGAGGAACGUCCUGAAAUCUCUGUUGUCCUGGCAUGGUUGGAUGUACAAUCGCCAUGGGUCGAUGUCCAUAAGCACCAAAAUUUGGCUGUUACUGGUGAAGUUGUUCUCUGGACCGAAGCCAAUGCUGUACAGUUUCCAGAGCUCACUGCCACGUCUACCCGUGCCUCCUGUGAAGCACACAGUGAAAAGAUACCUCGAAUCAGUGCGUCCUCUAAUGGAUGAUGAGCAGUACAAACAUAUGGAAGGACUGGCGAAGGACUUUGAGAAGAACAUGGGCCCCAAACUCCAGUGGUACCUGAAGCUCAAGGCCUUUUGGGCCUCCAAUUAUGUCAGUGACUGGUGGGAGGAGUACAUUUACCUGCGAGGACGUGGACCCCUCAUGGUCAACAGCAACUACUAUGCAAUGGACUUUCUGUACGUCUUCCCUACUCAUUUGCAAGCUGCCAGGGCAGGGAAUGCCAUCCAUGCCAUCAUGCUUUACAGGAGGAACUUGGACCGAGCUCAGAUCAAACCCGUUUACUUGCUGGAGAACAGAGUGCCGUUGUGUUCGGCACAGUGGGAGCGGAUGUUUAACACGUCCCGUCUCCCAGGCCUGGAGACAGAUAUGAUCCAGCAUGUUAAUGAAAGCAAGCACAUCGUGGUUUUCCACAAGGGCCGAUUUUUCAAGGUGUGGAUGUUUUAUGAUGGCCGCUUGCUGUUGCCCAGGGAGAUUGAGCAACAGAUGGAGAGGAUUCUGGCGGAUACGUCCAAGCCUCAGGCUGGAGAGGAAACACUGGCUGCCCUUACAGCAGGAGACAGAGUGCCGUGGGCGAAAGCCCGCACCGAGUUCUUCAGUAGGGGGAAGAACAAGCAGUCUCUGGACACGGUAGAGAAAGCUGCUUUCUUUGUCACACUGGACGACACAGAGCAGCGUUACGAGCCUGAUAACCCUGUGCAGUCCCUGGACAGCUACGCUAAAUCUCUUCUUCAUGGAAAAUGCUAUGACAGAUGGUUUGACAAGUCCUUUAAUCUGAUCGUGUUUAAGAAUGGCACAAUGGGUCUGAAUGCUGAGCAUACCUGGGCUGAUGCACCCAUUGUGGGCCACCUGUGGGAGCAUGUAUUGUCUUUGGAUCCUUUAAAGCUCAGCUACACUGAUGAUGGCCACUGCCGGGGCAAACCACAUCCCAAUCUGCCUGGACCCCAGCGCCUGCAGUGGGAUAUUUCAGAGGAGUGUCAGUCUGUGAUCAGCAGCUCUCUGAAGGUGGCUAAUGCCUUAGCAGAUGACGUAGACAUGCAUAUCUUCCCCUUCCACAACUUUGGAAAAGGUUUAAUCAAGAAGUGCAAGACCAGCCCAGAUGCCUUCAUUCAGCUCGCACUCCAGCUCGCUCACUUCAGGGAUAAGGGCAAGUUCUGCUUGACAUACGAGGCCUCCAUGACGCGGCUGUUCCGUGAAGGCCGCACUGAAACUGUUCGCUCCUGUACUGUGCAGACCAGCGCGUUUGUUCGUGCCAUGAUGGAUGAAAAAGCAGCAAGAAAGGAGAAGCUGCAACUUCUGAAGUCGGCAGCAGAAAAGCACCAGGAGCUCUAUAGAAUGGCCAUGACUGGCAAAGGCAUCGAUCGCCAUCUUUUCUGCCUCUAUGUGGUGUCCAAGUACCUGGGGGUUGACUCGGCCUUCCUAAAAGAGGUACUGUCUGAGCCAUGGAGACUGUCCACCAGUCAGACUCCUCUGCAGCAGGUGGAGCUGUUUGAUUUGAAGAAGCACCCAGAGUACGUCACCACUGGAGGUGGCUUUGGACCAGUGGCAGAUGACGGUUAUGGCGUGUCGUAUAUCAUUGUUGGAGAAGAGCUCAUCAACUUCCACAUAUCCAGCAAGUGUUCCAGUCCAGAGACUGAUUCUCACCGCUUCGGCAGCCAGAUUAAGCAGGCCAUGCUCGACAUUCUUGAUCUCUUCGAGUUGAACAACAAGACUGUCAACUGAACCAUUCUGCUCUCUCCAAACAUAAAAGGGAUUUCGUUUCAGUGAAAUGCUCUUCGUGUUAGAUUGUAAAUGUACAUAUUGUUGACUUGUAAUUUAUGAUUGAUCAAACAAGAGAUGGGAAUGUUAGGCAGCUGGGCCAUAGAAGGUUCACGCUGCAUGCUGCACACUACACGCUACACGCGUGUAAAGAAAAGUGGACAAACGUAGCAUGACUUGCUCUGGGCCAUAGAACGGCGUUCACGUUGCACGCUGCACACUUCACGCGUGAAGCGUGAAAUGAACAUGCACACUUUUUUCUAGGCGUGAAGAUGGAAAUUCCAGUCAAUGCAUGCGGUCACCGCCGCGCCAGCCAAUCAGAACGGGUCUAGGGAGAUAACUCUAUGCUUUCAGGGGAAAACUUCAGAAAAAAAUAUAAUUGAAUGGUAUAAUUGAAAAAUAGUUCUUCAUCGGGAUUGUCAAGCAGAUUAUAGAAUGUUCGGUGAAAUUCACCACGGGUUUCUCUCAGAAGGAAGUGUUCUCGGCUCCAAAUUCUGUUCCUUUUUCUCUUCCUCUGUCUCAGUAAAAGCAGAAUGAGGCAAUCGUCGUCAUCCGAAGAGUCCAUAUUGUUGGUUACUCGGUCAAAGUAGAACAGACGCAACACGUGAACAUCCAAGCAUGAAGUUUAAUGGCCCAGGGUCCGGUUCUUCACGUGAACGUGUAGCGUGUAGCGUGCAGCAUGCAGCGUGCAGCGUGAACCUUCUAUGGCCCAGCAGCCUUAAAUAUCAUAAAUAAUGCAUGGAAGAGGAGAUUAUAAUCGUGUUGUGUUCAGGUUUUAAGUGUGUAAAUUGAAAGGAACUAUUCAGUGGGCCUUAUUGUAUAAUGGAUGGCACCAGCCUUCUUUUGUCUUCUCAAAAAUAUGCUGAACUUCUCAGCUUAUAGAACCCAUAUCUCACAUUUUAUACUGAGCUGAAUGGCAGUUGUAACUCCACAACCCAGAUAACACUCUGGGGAUAAAACCCACUGCCUUUUUGUGCUGUGUCAAUGCAAAACAAAUUCAAUGCAAUGUUUUUAGCAGUUAUUUUUCUUACUCUUCUGAACUUGUGGGUCAUGGGAGAGUGGUUGUGGUGCAGGACAGCCACCUAGGGGGAGCCUUACUCCAGCAUUUACUUGAAGGAAAUUAUUUUAAAGAUAUGGCUAGUAUGAGGUUUCUAAUACAAGUAAGGUGCUUUUUUUUUCUUUUCUUUUCAGUUACACUUAUGAAAAUUUCAACCUGCUUUUGGAUUAAGUCUAAAUGGCUCAAGAUUUUCUCAAUAGCAAGUUACAAUACAGAUAAAUGUCCAUUUAAAAGUGUCCAUUAAAACCAAUUGACCACAACUCGGACAAUAAAGUGUUUCGGAUUAUGAUUCUGAAAAUGUGGCAUAAAGUUACAUUGAGUAACACCAUGAGGGGAAAAUAAACAACUAACUCUGGAUACAAGCAGUGAAAGCACAUAGCUGUUUUGUGAAGCUUUAAAAAAAAGGCCCCAGAAGUAAACUCAUGUUACUGCAGCUCUUUUCAUGUGAGUCUACAAAGAAGGGAUAAAAGAAAUAUCUAUUUUGUUCAUUCUGAAAACAUACUAUUUAUGUAUUUAUUUUCUUUAAUUCAUGAAAAUUUUGAUUUGCUUUAUUUGAUUUGUUAAAGAAGAAGAAGCCUUUAUCACAGAUACUUGACAGCACAGUGAAAUUCUUUUCUACACAUAUCCAAGCUUGCUAGGAAGAUGGGGCCAGAGCACAGGGCCAGCCGUGAUGCAGCACCUUGCUCAAGGGUCCAACAGUGCAGCUUGGCAGUCCUGGGGCUUGAACCCCCAACCUUCUGAUCAGUAACCCAGAGCCUUAACCAUUUAGAAAGGAAAAUUAGUUUGAAUGGGAAGUGUAACUGAAAUGUGUUGUAUAUGGUAACUAAUGUAUUUAUAUGACAUUAUCCACAGGAGCAGCUGUCAUACCAAAAAACAAUAAAACAUAUCAACAUCAAAGAA